AUGAGAAAACGUAUUGACCAACAGUCACUCACUAGUAUUCCAGCUCAGGAACAAAACCUUCCUGGGAAAGAUAAAGAUAUGAACCCUUUGGCUGAACAUACAAAAUUGGAAUGUUGGGAUGAUCAAGGGAAACCGUUUUUGAAAGAGUACGUCGGAAAUGGUAAACUCGAAGGAAAGAAAGCUAUCGUCACUGGAGGUGAUUCUGGGAUUGGGAGGAGUGCAGCUCAGAUGUUUGCUAGGGAGGGAGCGGAUGUGACUAUUGUUUAUCUCCCGGAAGAGCAGGAAGAUGCCGACGAAGUGAAGAAAGCCAUCGAAGCUGACGGCCGCUCAUGCUUAGCUCUCCCUCUCGAUCUCAUGGACGCCUCAAACUGUCAAAAGGUCAUCGAUGAACAUUUGCAAAAGUUUGGAAAACUUGACAUUCUCGUCAAUAAUGCUAGUAAGCAGAUUAUGUCCAAGAGCAUUGAAGAGAUAGAUUUGAACAACGUUGAGAGUACCUUCAGGUCGAAUAUCUUGGCCAUGUUUGCGCUCACCAAAGCUGCAACGCCUCACCUCAAACGGGGAGCCAGUAUCAUCAACACUUCCUCUGUCACGGCAUUCAAGGGUUCUGCACAAAUGAUCGACUAUUCUUCCACCAAAGGGGCGAUCAUUACCUUCACUCGUUCCUUGGCUGUACAACUAGCCCCCAAGGGAAUUCGCGUCAACGCUGUAUGUCCUGGUCCAGUGUACACACCUCUACAACCGGCUUCGAGACCUGCGGAGAAUAUGGAGGAUUGGAGUGUGGGUAGUCUACCCUUGCAUGGAAGGGCCAACAUGCCCGCGGAGAUGGGUCCAACGUAUGUCUUCCUUGCAGGCGCUGACUCGAACGCCAUGACUGGACAGCUCAUGCACCUUAAUAACGGUCAGUGGAUUGGCUGA